CUGUUUCCCUGCUGUGGCUCCUCUGUUUCGCUGAAUUAACAAGAAGAGACAGAAAACCCUUUUCAACGCCUGCAUCAAAAUAGUAAUCUUCUUCCUUCUUUCUUUCUUUCUUACUUUCUAGAGAGAGAGAGAUGGGAAACUGUUUGGCAUCUCCGGUGGAGAAUCAUAGCCCAAUCGCCACCCAACCAUCAACCUCAGUUGACGGCAAAGAAAAGGCAAUAAAGCAGAGCAAAAGCAGUGACAACAGACACGGAGCUGAAAACAGAGGUUCAGCGGCGGCAGGAGGAGGAGGUACGGUGGUGCCGCCGAGCGGGAGAAUUAUAACUCCGAACUUGAAAAAUUUUACUUACGCGGAACUGCAGAGUGCAACAAGGAACUUCAGGCCGGAGGCGGUGGUCGGAGAGGGAGGAUUCGGGACGGUAUUCAAGGGUUGGGUGGAUAGGGAGACCUUGGCGCCGUCGAAGCCCGGCGUCGGAAUGCCGGUCGCCAUCAAGAUAUCUAAACUUGAUAGUUGGCAAGGACUCCAAGAGUGGAAGGCGGAGGUGGACUUGUUGGGGAAAUUUAGCCAUCCAAAUCUAGUUCAACUCUUGGGUUAUUGUCGGGAAGAGAAAUAUUUCAUCCUAAUCUACGAAUAUAUGGAGGGAGGAAGCUUAGAAACCCACCUCUUCAGAAAGGGUGGAGAUCCUAUUCCAUGGGAUACGAGGCUCAAUAUAGCGAUCGGGACGGCUCAAGGCCUCACUUUCUUGCACACAUCUGAGGAUCAAGUGAUCUUCCGUGAUUUCAAGGCAUCGAAUAUAUUGCUCGACAAGGAUUUCAAUGCAAAGCUUUCGGAUUUUGGGGUGGCAAGGUUGGGUCCUGCUGACAACAAAUCACACGUCUCAACGCGCAUUAUCGGUUCAUACGGUUACGCAGAUCCCGAGUACAUUGCCACAGGUCAUUUGUAUGUGAAGAGCGAUGUAUACGGUUUUGGAGUGAUGUUGCUCGAACUAUUAACGGGCCUAAGGGUGGUUGACGUAAGACGACCCAAUGGAGCUCUUAACUUGAUAGAGUGGGCAAAGCCUUCCCUAGCUGAGAAAAGAAAGCUGAAGAAAAUCAUGGACCCAAGGCUGGAGAAUCAGUACCCUCCAAGAGCUGCAUUCCAAGCAGCUAAGCUUGUAUUAAAAUGCCUGAAAUUACAACAAAAGCACCGCCCGUCCAUGGAAGAAGUCUUGGUGACACUACAACAGAUUAACUCCAUCAUGGUGAAUCCCAACUGAUCCCAAGGAGUCUGAAGCAGGCAAAAAAAUAUCCCGUGGCCCAUUGCCGCCACCAAAAACCUACUCCCUUCGUCCGUGUUUGUUAGUCUGUUUUGGAGAUUCCAAUUUUUUGUUUUUUGGAGACAUCAUGAUGGCUUUUAAUAA